GUAAAUAACAGACCUUGGGUGGGAGCAUCUCGUUUACUCUUAUAAAUUAUUCAACCUUUUGCGUUAUUUCAUUUCUACAGAAAAUGGCUACCAACUUGGAGACUCACUCACUCCCACUGAAAGACCGAGUCGCAAUUGUAACCGGUUCAUCCCGAGGAAUCGGCCGAGACAUAGCGAUACACCUCGCCCAACUUGGAGCCAAACUCUUCAUCAAUUACACCUCCAGCUCUGCUCAAGCCGAUCUCGUAGCCGAAGAGAUUAACUCCUCCGCUUCUCCCGACUCUCCCCCUCGAGCCAUCGUCGUCAAAGCUGAUGUUUCGGACCCAGCCCAGGUUAAGUCUCUCUUUGACUCGGCUGAGCAGGCCUUUGGCUCACCGAUUCAUGUCCUGGUUAACUCAGCCGGGGUGCUUGAUCCCAAGUACCCCUCUAUAGCUGAUACUUCUUUGGAGGAUUUUGAUCGUAUUUUCAGUGUCAACACAAGGGGUGCAUUCUUAUGUUGUAAAGAGGCAGCAAAUAGGCUAAAGCGUGGUGGUGGAGGCCGGAUUAUACUUCUAUCAUCGUCACUGGUUGGUGCAUUGAAGCCGGGGUUUGGCGCAUACACAGCAUCCAAGGCAGCUGUGGAGACAAUGGUGAAGAUACUAGCAAAGGAGCUCAAAGGAACUAGUAUAACAGCAAACUGUGUGGCCCCAGGGCCAAUUGCGACUGAUAUGUUCUUUGAUGGCAAGACUAAGGAGAUGGUAAAGAGGGCAAUUGACGAGAGCCCACUUUGUCGGCUUGGUGAGACCAAGGAUGUUGCGCCUGUUGUCGGGUUCUUGGCUACUGAUGCUAGUGAGUGGGUUAAUGGGCAAGUUAUUCGUGUCAAUGGUGGUUAUGUCUAGGAGCACUUAGUAUAUAUCUCUAAUCUCCUUUACUGAAAGCAUUUGUUGAAUUUGUAACUAUAGAAGAUAACAAUUAAGCCUUCAAGAUGAGAUAGGCAUUUGAUAUUGUGCUGUGUGUGCUAAAGAACCCUGGAAAUUCAACUCAAGACAAAGAUUUGAAGCUGUGGUAAUCUUCUACAGGUACCACAUGGAUGCUCAUUUUAUUUUUGAAAGUUCAUUAGUUAUCUUUAGGAGUGAUAGAUUUGAUGAACUCUUCUUUUAAGGGAUUUUGAUCCCUACAAAAAUGGUGGCCGAGUUCAUGCUGGUGCGACACGAUGGUUAUUCAGUAUCAGAGAUGCAGUCCUGUAAUAGUGGCAUAAUGAGCUUAAGAACUUCCAAUGAUUUUCACAAUAAUUUGCUAAUGGUGAAAAUCAAUAUGACUUUUUCGAAGUUUGGUUA